UCCUCAAAGCUCAUGGCGGCUGUUGGAGGCGCGGCUGAGGCACCGGGACCGAAGCGGCCUUAGUUCUUCCAGAAGCUCCUCGCGGCCGUUUGCCGGGAACACCCCACCGCCAAGAUGCCUCGGAUCAUGAUCAAGGGGGGAGGAACACCGAGGAUAAAAUUCUGAAAGCAGCAGUAAUGAACUGUGGGAAAAAUGAGUGGUCUAGGAUUGCCUCACUGCUGCCUAGAAAAUCAGCAAAGCACUUCCAAUGGAAUGUGCAACUUGCUUGGACUCCGCCUGCUCUUCAGCAAGGAGCAGCCCUGACCAACACGGACAUGGGCACUCUUGGCAAUCAACCAUGGUGGGAUGUGCCUGAAAACUUCGACACGCCCCUGGUUUUCUGCAUCCAGGCGGAGCAGGAGCGCUUUAUAUUCGGUCCAGCAGACACGUACCUUCGAAGCAUCGAGGUGCACAGCCAAACCCUCGUGCAGCUGGAGAGCUGGUUCACGGUCGCGGGGCACACUCGCGUCACUGUCGUGGGGCCACGCCGAGCUAGGGAGUGGCUGCUGGACAUGAUCAGGAGUGUGUGGAGCAAAGAUUUCAACCGUCAGAACCGAGGCCUGCAGAUGCUGCAGCGAGUCCGAAGACAGCGGCUGACCGAGGCCGACUUCAGCAUGAGGCAGUGGCCGGACAACUGGGACCCCUCUCUGGAGUCCUGUGUGGUUGGAAACAUGACUGAUACCCAGGAGGCAUACCCCGAGGACUGGGUAAAAGGGCCAAAUCAAUUCUUACUGCCCCAGUAUUCCCAGUAG